CAACUUUUUAAAGACCAUUUGCCUGAUUUUCUUGCAGAGGGAAGUUUCAAAAAUACAUAUUUUCUCGAUAUCGGUGUACUGAAGCGGCAAAUUGAAGCUGUUCUUAAGAGGACCACAAUGGUGGACCGAACUUCUAAUUGACAAUCGCUACGUAACAUUACAGAUAGAUAAGUGUCGGUUACUGUCGUUUUGAUGCUUUUACCAAUUUUAACAGUCCUCCUGCAUUAACACUGAUCGAUUGGUUAUUAAUUAUAUAUCGAAUACUCGCACACAAGUCCAGGUUCAAGAAAUUUUCCUGCUUUAAUAACAGGAAUUUAUUCUGUAAAGGAUUGUCGCCGAGCAAAGAUAAGCGAUGUCAUUUAAUAGUCUGACUUCCCCAAAACCAAAACGCCGAAAAAACAAAGCCAAACUUAAGCUAUCGUGGGAUGCACCCACAAAGGAGGAGCUAAUUGCAGAACAGAUUGAUAACUUCAUAAGUGACGUCAUCAAAAAUGCGAAACAGGAGUACCUUGCACAAGAACGAGAGAACAGCUUAAAUGAAGAAUAUGGGAUGAAUCUCAACAAAGAACUAAAAGAAGAAAUGAUAGAACUGAACACAAGGGAAAUCAAUGGAUCCCAGGAAAACAUACACGGUAAUAACACCGAUAAUCAGACUUCUGAAAUGCACGCCAGGAAAGACCGAGGACGACAUGAUAAUAACUAUCCAGCCAGGAACUGUACACAUCGACCAUCGGAAUUAAACGAGGGAAAUCCUCUACUUGCAGACAGUGCCAAUAUGCCAAAGAGGAGGUACCUCCGAUUAUUACAGAGACACAUACUAAGAAUGUGUUGUCAUUGCUCGUGUAUAAUGAAUGGCAAUGACGUCACUUAGAAACAGGAGUGAAGUGAACCUUGAAUGUUUUCACCCCUUCAAAGAUUUAAGCAUUCUUCAUUUUUUUAAUGAAGCCUAUUUCAUAUUAUGUUGAAAAUACAAAUCUUUUGUUGUAAUAAAAAAAGUGUUGAAAAUAAAAUCUUUACUUUGUUGUAAAAA